AUGUCGGUCAACAUCCCUUCUAACCCAGUGCCCAGUAGCGCCAGUCGUUUUCAGGUCCAUGUCAUAAACGAGGGCCACGGCAAUGAUGCAGCCGUGAGUGACAGCGCAGACCCCCCACAUUAUGAAGAGACCUCUUUUGGGGACGAAGCCCAAAACAGACUGCGAAUCAGCUUUAGGCCUGGGAAUCAGGAGUGCUAUGACAAUUUUCUCCAAACUGGAGAGACUGCUAAAACAGACACCACGUAUCACGCCUACGACUCUCACACAAACACAUACUACCUGCAAACCUUUGGCCACAACACCAUGGACGCCGUCCCCAAGAUUGAGUACUAUCGCAACACAGGCAGCGUGAGCGGGCCCAAGGUCAACCGGCCCAGCCUGCUGGAGAUCCACGAACAGCUAGCUAAGAAUGUGACUGUGGCCCCUGGUUCAGCUGACAGGGUUGCUAAUGGAGAAGGAAUGCCUGGAGAAGAGCAAGCAGAAGCCAAGGAAGAAGACAUGGCUGGUGUUGUGAAGUUUGGAUGGGUGAAAGGUGUGCUGGUGCGAUGCAUGCUGAACAUCUGGGGAGUCAUGCUCUUUAUCCGUCUCUCCUGGAUUGUAGGAGAAGCGGGAAUUGGUCUUGGAGUUCUUAUCAUUCUUCUUUCCACCAUGGUAACCUCUAUCACUGGGUUGUCAACUUCUGCAAUAGCCACAAACGGGUUUGUUCGUGGAGGCGGAGCCUACUACCUGAUUUCCCGGAGCUUAGGGCCUGAGUUCGGUGGGUCAAUUGGCUUGAUCUUUGCUUUUGCCAACGCAGUGGCUGUCGCCAUGUAUGUGGUAGGGUUCGCGGAGACUGUGGUGGACCUUCUUAAGGAGAGUGAUUCAAUGAUGGUGGAUCCAACCAAUGACAUCCGCAUAAUCGGUUCCAUCACCGUGGUGAUUCUUCUAGGAAUCUCAGUAGCUGGGAUGGAGUGGGAAGCUAAGGCUCAAGUGAUUCUCCUGGUCAUUCUUCUCAUUGCCAUUGCAAACUUCUUCAUUGGAACUGUCAUCCCGUCCAACAAUGAGAAGAAAUCCAGAGGCUUCUUCAACUACCAAGCAUCUAUAUUUGCGGAAAACUUUGGGCCAAGCUUCACAAAGGGUGAAGGCUUCUUCUCGGUCUUUGCCAUCUUUUUCCCCGCUGCUACUGGGAUUCUUGCUGGUGCCAACAUCUCUGGAGACCUGGAGGAUCCCCAGGAUGCCAUCCCCAGAGGGACCAUGCUGGCCAUCUUCAUCACCACCGUUGCCUACAUAGGAGUUGCUAUUUGUGUAGCCGCCUGUGUGGUCCGAGACGCCACUGGAAGCAUGAACGACACCAUCGUUUCUGGGAUGAAUUGCAACGGCUCUGCAGCCUGUGGGCUGGGCUACGACUUCUCACGAUGUCAACAUGAACCAUGUCAGUAUGGGCUGAUGAACAAUUUCCAGGUCAUGAGCAUGGUUUCCGGGUUCGGCCCCCUCAUCACCGCAGGGAUCUUUUCAGCAACGCUGUCUUCUGCCCUGGCCUCCCUCGUCAGUGCGCCCAAAGUCUUCCAGGCUCUGUGCAAGGACAACAUCUUCAAAGGACUGCAGUUCUUCGCAAAGGGCUAUGGGAAAAACAACGAGCCCCUGAGAGGGUACUUCCUCACGUUUGUGAUAGCCAUGGCAUUCAUUCUCAUCGCGGAGCUGAACGUCAUUGCGCCCAUCAUCUCCAACUUCUUCCUGGCCUCGUAUGCGCUUAUUAAUUUCUCCUGCUUCCAUGCCUCGUAUGCCAAAUCUCCAGGAUGGAGGCCGGCAUAUGGGAUUUACAACAUGUGGGUAUCUCUUUUUGGAGCGAUUUUGUGCUGUGCAGUCAUGUUUGUCAUCAACUGGUGGGCGGCUGUCAUCACCUAUGUCAUUGAGUUAUUCCUUUAUAUCUAUGUGACUUAUAAGAAGCCAGAUGUGAACUGGGGCUCCUCCACACAGGCUCUGUCCUAUGUGAGCGCUUUAGACAACGCUCUGGAAUUAACCACAGUGGAAGACCAUGUGAAAAACUUCAGACCCCAGUGCAUUGUCUUAACAGGCGGACCCAUGACAAGGCCUGCUCUCCUGGAUAUAACCCAUGCUUUUACGAAGAAUAGUGGCCUCUGCAUCUGCUGCGAAGUCUUCGUGGGACCUCGCAAGCUGUGUGUUAAGGAGAUGAACAGCGGCAUGGCUAAAAAACAGGCCUGGCUUAUAAAGAACAAAAUCAAGGCUUUUUAUGCUGCAGUGGCGGCAGACUGCUUCAGGGACGGUGUCCGGAGUCUCCUUCAGGCCUCAGGCUUGGGGAGAAUGAAGCCUAACACUCUCGUGAUUGGAUACAAAAAAAACUGGAGGAAAGCUCCCUUGUCAGAGCUUGAGAACUACGUGGGAAUCAUACAUGAUGCUUUUGACUUUGAGAUUGGCGUGGUCAUAGUCAGAAUCAGCCAAGGAUUUGACAUCUCUCCAGUUCUCCAGGUACAAGAUGAACUGGAGAAACUGGAGCAGGAGAGAUUGGCUCUGGAGGCUGCCAUCAAAGACAAUGAGUGCGAGGAGGGAAAGGGAGGCAUCCGAGGCUUGUUUAAGAAGGCCGGCAAACUGAACAUUACCAAGCCAGCCCCUAAAAAAGACGGCAACAUCAGCACCAUCCAGUCCAUGCACGUUGGGGAGUUCAAUCAGAAACUGGUGGAAGCCAGCGCUCAGUUUAAAAAGAAACAGGGGAAAGGCACGAUUGAUGUUUGGUGGUUAUUCGAUGAUGGAGGGUUAACACUGCUUAUCCCAUAUAUCUUGACUCUCAGAAAAAAAUGGAAAGAUUGUAAGUUAAGAAUCUAUGUUGGAGGAAAGAUCAACCGUAUCGAAGAGGAAAAAAUUUCAAUGGCUUCUCUUCUCAGCAAAUUUAGGAUAAAAUUUGCAGACAUCCAUAUAAUUGGAGACAUCAACAUUAAGCCAAACAAAGAGAGCUGGAAAGUCUUUGAAGAGAUGAUUGAACCUUAUCGGCUCCAUGAAAGCCACAAAGAUUUGACCACUGCUGAGAAAUUAAAAAGAGAAAGUCCAUGGAAAAUUACAGAUGCAGAACUGGAAGGAGUCAAGGAAAAGAGUUAUCGCCAAGUUCGACUGAACGAGCUCUUACAGGAACACUCCAGAGCCGCCAACCUCAUCGUGUUGAGCCUUCCAGUGGCAAGAAAAGGAUCUAUUUCGGAUUUGUUGUACAUGGCGUGGUUAGAAAUCCUGACCAAGAACCUCCCUCCUGUGUUACUCGUUAGAGGAAAUCACAAAAAUGUCCUGACAUUUUAUUCUUAAAGCGAGAAGGAUGAGAAAUGCUAUACCUUGGUGUCUGAAUAAUUAUGAAAUACAUCUGGUUCUUUGUGUUUUAAAACCUCUUCUAUGAAUAUACAAACCUCUGGAGACUAGCCUACCUGAUUCUACACAAGUUUUCUCUUUUAAAAAAAUUUAUUAUCAAUGAGAGUUUUUCCCCACCAACUUAAAAGACAUCAAAAACCAUGAGACUCCUAGAAAAACACUUUUCCGUUGUUCCUGGUAAAUAAGAAAUUAAUAACAGCUGGCCGACAUGCUUACAGGAUAUGCUAAUCUAGAUAUGAGCUCCAGGCAGACUUAAUCUCCUGUUUCUGUGGAGUCUGCUGCAUGGCCCUGGUGCAGGCCACAGGCCCACAGCAGGCUCUCCAUAAAUUCUUACUGACAGGCUGGAAUGGUAAAGGCGGGCAGCUAGCUGGGUCAGUGGCCUGGCUCUGCUUGGCCUCCUGAGAAAUUUGUGAAGAUUUAAAAAUCAAUAUCUGGAAACUGUAAGAAGGGCUGAAGCCUACAAAGUGUUCAAAGCCGUUACCUAAAUAAGGUUUCUUUAAUGCAGCAGAUAAUAAGUUUAACCUCUGGCCACACGUAGCUCGCAUUUGCUGCUAGCUGGAGAUACAUUAGGUAGGUGAACAAGGGGCCCAUGUUCCACUUAAAUGAAACAAAGUCUUAACAUACAAAUAUCAAUUGUCUUCCUGGCUAAAUAUUUUGAAAUUUCUACCUUAGUACUAUUUUUUCCUCGAAUUAAGUGGUUUGCAGAGAUAAAAUAAAAAAAUCUAUGAUCUCACUGAAAAAUUAAUCUCAUAGAUUUCCAAUCCACUAUUAAAAAUGUAUCCAGAUCCUACAUUUAUUUACUUUCUAAAUAUACAGGUAUAUGGGCUUUACGGAAUAACUAAGAAAUAGAGAAACGUAAAAUUUAAAAAUACAGGUGCUGAUUUUUCUUCUUGUUAGUGUGUGUAUAUUAUUUAAUCACAGAAAAAAAUAUUUAUGAUAUGAUAAAUGGCUUGUUUUGAGGUUUGGUUUUGUCUUUUCUUGGAAUAUUUUGACUGCUCUGUGGAUGUUCAUGGGGGCAAAUUGACACCUGAAAUAAAAAUCACUAAAUUUUGUUGGCUUUGACAAA